UCAGCGCGGAGCCAACCGAGCGAUCAGCGGUCAGCGGAGCGAGGCAGGGCAGCGCAAGAGCUCCCCGAGAGCUAAGAGCUAAUCACUAUAGUUUAAGAAGAAGAGCAAGAGGCAAGCCGAAGAGACAGGACAGGAGACGUUUGGCACGUUUUGCGUGCGACGAACGAAACGGUAGAGUGAAAUUCGCCGUCAUCGUGUUUGAUGAUAAAACGUACGUGAUGCAAAGGGAGGAGAAGCAACUGGAUUCGGCCUUGGAGGCCAUAAUAAUGCGCGUGAACGACCUGAAGACCGCGAUUGCCGCGAUGAUAUUCAAGGUGGAGCACGAAUAUGAGACCUUGAAUUGGCCGAAUUUCCUCGACAAUUUCGCCCUUAUUUCGGGCCACUUGACUAGCCUCUCGAAGAUUCUCGGACACGACAAAGCGCCGAAUCUCAGGAAUCUGACGGUUCUACCGUUACGCUUGAGUCCGGAGAAGGACGAGGAUCUGCUGCGAUUGACCGAGAAUCGAAUUCCCACGUUCGCGCAUGAUCUGGUCCCAGACUACCUGAGGACGAAGCUGGAGCCUCAAGCCGAGCAGAAGAUGAUGCAAUUAGAAGCCAAGGCAGCGAACGUUAACAUCGACACUUCACACGACUACAGUAAACAAAUGACGCAGUAUACAAAGGUGAUUGGCCACGUGUGGGAUAUAGCGAAUAAAGCGCGCGAAGAUUGGGAGGGCGAGGUUAGCACCAGAGCGACCCAAGCGCAAACCAGUAGUGCUGCGGACACUCAUGCCCUUCUCGCUGCUGUUGGAAUGGGUAAAGGUUUGAAAUCUGAUUCGAUACAAAUGGUCCAAUCCGGUGUAAAUCCAGUAGCUAACAGCAUGAUGGUAGGCAGACCUGGCAAUCAACAGCAAACACCUGGGCAAGGACCAUUGGGCAAUCCACCAAUGGGUCAAAUAAACAAGGCGCCAAGUGCGAUAAAAACGAAUAUCAAGGCAGCAUCGCAAAUCCAUCCUUAUAGAUAAAAAUAUCGUAGCACCUCUGUCAUGAUGUAUUAUAGAGAAUGACUGAUGAUUCAAAUAUCGCGUUUGUGGGACACGAUUGCGUAGGAGCGAGGAGAAAUACACUUGUUCAUCACUGGCACAAUGACAGCCUCCAAACCUUGUUCGUGUAACCAGCAUAAUCGAUCCUGUAGAAUCAGUGACUCCGCCGGAAGUUGUAACAUCAUUUGCAAUCCAGUGUAGAUUUCUACGGCUUUCAAGCUUCUACUCUGUUCCUCCCAUACUCGCGUUAUACCCUUCUCCAUUUUAUCAUGUGUGAUUACACUGUCUUUAUACGUGAGUUUAAUUAUGUAUUAAUUAUGUAAAUUGUCAAUCUUAUACAAGUAUUGAUUUUUGUUAUCAGUUACCUGUUUCGUCUGUAUCUGGUAUGAAAUCGUAUCUUAGUAACGAAUCUUUGACGUAAGUUUGAAAAUUCAAGCAUUGCGACUUUCUCGUGCCUUUCCGAACGUUCUUUUUGAGAACGUAAUUGUCUAGAAUACACCUUCUGUAUCAAUUAA